UGUCCUCACAGAAGUGGCGGCACUUGUAUUCAGCCCAACUGCUUAAUUGAACCUCCUCCCCCUCCGGAUCUCGCGAUCCAUAUUUCUCAACUUGCAAUUCAGCAAACCCACUUGUCUUCUACUUCUGUAUCUGCUAAAGCACAUUUCAUAUCUCUGACAGUCGUUGUAUUCCUUGCACUGCUUCAAGUCAGUCGCCUCCGGUCGGUCGUGGCCUCGACCGGCCCUGUCCGCGCGUGUGCUUUUUCGGCUUUGCCUCACCACCAGCCACUAUGGUUUUGGGCAACAAAGAAGCAGAGAUCCGGGAUCUACUGGAGGACAUCGAGCUCCAAGAAGUUAUUCUGCAAAGCUUAGAUGAGCAAUGUCCCGAUGCUCAAGAAGACAGACAGGAGAUUCUGGAUGUCAUCCAGGGUCUGCAGACGCGACUGGCGGAGCUACGCGGGGAACCUGUCAGCGGGACAGCCGAUGUAUCUCCGUCCACCUCUCAGUCGACAUCGUCAACCAUCAAUUCGCCCAGAACAUUUCAUGACAGUGUCCCCGCCUUGCCUCUGGACAACUCUACGUCUUCUGCACACAAAUUUGGACGUUCUACCCACUCUUUCGCGCGCUCUCCUACUAAUCGGACCAAUCGCAAACGUCGAUUUUCCACAUCCUCAGAGGCUGAAGAUGUUGAAGAGGACGAUGACUCUGAUGACCUCGAGGCACCAAUUAGGCGGGCGCAGCGAAAACGGAUUCAUCGCCGUCUGAGUCCUGACGUUACCCGCACUACCAGUUCUCCAGUGAUCAGUUCUCCAGUCGUGUCAGAUGAAGAUGUGGGCGAUGGCAAUGACGAACUGCGGAGGAUGCUAGGCCUCGACGGAUUCCGUGCAUUGCAAGAGGAGAACAGACGAGCAGAGCAAUGGCUCAAAGAAAUGAAGGAAAUGGAACGUCGCGACGCAGAAUUCGCGCGCCAGCUCGCGUUGCAAGCCGACAGUGAUCCGCCGCAGUCAUCGUCUAAUCAGAGCCCCUCGCCCCCGUCUGCUCCCAAUUUCUCUUUCGCAGCUCCGUCUGCUAGUGGGUUCAACCCGAAUGCGCAGCGUGCCCCAGUCAUGCCAGGAACGUUUCCCAUGGGUUCUCAGCCUUCCAACCGUCUGCCACCUGGUCGUCACUAUGACGGCUACAGAGAUUCGAAAAUCGUCACGCUCCCGGACAGUGAUGACAGCGACAUUGCAGAGAUUGACCGUGAUGAGUUCACGCCCAAUAUCUUGCGUUCCCCGUCUUCACCAAGCAGGAGCCUUGCCGCAGCCUGGGCACAGCGCAAGCUAGGCCCAACUGGGUCGGACCGAAACACCUUUCCUACCUUUGCCAACGGAAAACCGAUCAGUUCUGGAGUGGGCCUGCCAGGGUCUCAGUAUGGGCCCAGGGUUUUGCCAAGCACUAUGGCACGAUUGCAUGCCGGAAGCAGUAUGCUCGAUAGCAUGUCAAGCGCCGUAUCUCAAGCAAGCAGGAUGCUCCUAGGAUCCUCGGACUUCUCGCUCAUGGGUCCUGGUGGCUACGAUUCUGCUCUUGAUUACUACAAGCAAGUAUACCUAUUUGAUUGCCAUGGAAGUGUGCUAACCCAGUAUGUGUUCAGCGAUCUCUACGGGUAUGGAGAGGAUCCAAAGCAGACCAAGGAGGAAAUCGUGAAAAUGUUAGAGUCCAUCAGACCCGACUCGGAAAUCGCCAAGGAAAACCGUGAGGGAACUCCCGAGGCUCUCAGGUUCACUCUUCUGGAACAUCAGAAGCUUGGAUUAUCUUGGAUGAAGUCCAUGGAGGAAGGCGAGAACAAAGGCGGAAUUCUUGCCGAUGAUAUGGGUCUUGGGAAGACCAUACAAGCCAUUGCUCUCAUGGUUUCAAGACCUUCUACCGACCCCGAGCGAAAGUCAACGCUGGUUAUUGCUCCUGUUGCAUUGGUUCAGCAAUGGAAGAGAGAAAUUAAGAGAAGUCUUAAAUCUGGCAAGCAUCAGCUCUCAGUCCAUGUGCUGCAUGGCGAUAAGAAGACUACCAAUUUCAGAAAUCUAAAGGAUUACGAUGUGGUUCUCACGACUUUCGGUACGCUGGCGGCCGAAUUCAAGAAAUUGGAAAAAGCCGAAGAGAUCAAGAAGCGAGAGCCAGAUCUGGGCCUGGCUCUUUUGAAGAAUUUGCCCUGCCUAAGUCCAACUUCUAAGUGGUACCGCGUCAUCAUCGACGAAGCACAGUGCAUCAAGAACCGGAAAACAAAAUCCGCCAUGGCGUGCUGUAACCUUACUGCCACUUAUCGUUGGUGCAUGACCGGUACCCCGAUGAUGAACUCAGUGGAUGAGUUGCACUCGCUUUUGCAAUUCUUGCGGAUUCCACCUUAUUGUAACCAUCAGAAAUUUCAGCGUACCUUCACACUUCCCCUCAAGGGUAGUCCUGCUGGCCGCGAGAAGACAAUGCAGGCUCUACAAGUUCUGCUCAAAGCGGUGCUUCUACGGCGAACCAAGACUUCCAAGAUCGACGGCAAGCCAAUCCUUCAGCUACCUCCCAAGGUCUCGGAGAGGGUGCAUGCUGUCUUCAGCGAGGAAGAGCAAGAGUUUUACAAUGCUCUUGAAACCCGCACUCAGCGCCAGGUCAACAAAUACAUCGAGGAGGGUACCAUGGGGCGUAAUUACUCAAGUAUCCUUGUGUUGCUCCUUCGGCUUCGACAGGCAUGUUGUCAUCCGCAUCUGAUCAAAGACUUUAACAAAGAAAGUCCUGUGACCUCAGAAGAGCUGGACCUUGUAGCGAAUGCCAAAGCUCUGAGCGAUGAGGUUGUUACACGUCUGAAGAACAAUGAUGACCUCGAAUGCCCCAUCUGUAUUGACGCCGUCGAAAACCCCGUCAUCUUUUUCCCAUGCGGUCAUGGAACUUGUACGGAAUGUUUCUCGAAUCUUUCAGACCCUGCAACUGCAGUCAGGAAUGGAGUCGAGGGCGCACUUGAGAUCAAAUGCCCCAACUGCCGCGCUAGAAUUGAUCCCAAGAAAAUCACCGAUCACAUCUCCUUCAGGAAGGUGCAUUGUCCCGAUUCGACUGAGGCAGAUGAGGAUGUCCCAGCACCGACCAAUGAAGCGGCAAACGAGGAUGACAGUGACGACGAUAGUGAUGAUGACAGCCUGUCUCGCUUCGUCGCUGAUGACGAUGAGGAGUACGGCAGCUCGAGGAGUCGCAAGGCCAAAGGUAAAAAGCCCCAGAAGAUAAAGAAGUCUCUUGCAGAGCUUCGCAAAGAUGCCCAGAAGAAUCAGAAGGCAAAACGCAGGUAUCUGCGUCGCCUUGAGAAGACCUGGGUGCCGAGCGCUAAAAUCGAAAAAUCUAUGGAAAUUCUCAAAGGCAUCAACAGCAAUGACAGCAGCGAGAAAACCAUUAUCUUCAGUCAGUUCACAUCCCUGCUCGACCUGCUCGAGAUUCCAAUUCGGCGAGAGGGGUGGGACUACCGGCGUUACGACGGCAGUAUGAAACCCGCGGAGAGAAACGCCUCUGUGUUGGAAUUCACCGACAACCCUGACUGCAAGAUCAUGCUGGUAUCUCUCAAAGCCGGCAACUCGGGGCUGAACCUUGUCGCUGCUUCCCAAGUGAUCAUCUUUGAUCCUUUUUGGAACCCUUACGUGGAGGAACAGGCUGUUGACCGUGCCCAUCGUAUUGGUCAGGUCCGUCCGGUGCAGAUCCACCGCAUUGUUGUGAAGGGCACGGUUGAGGAUCGGAUUCUCGAGCUACAGGAUCAGAAGCGGGAGCUUGUCGAGGGAGCUUUGGAUGAGAAAGCCUCGAAGAAUGUUUCCAGACUGGAUACCCGACAGCUGCGCCAUCUCUUCGUAAGUUGAUGAGUGUGUUCCCGUGUUGAGAGCUUGUGCUAAUCGAUCUCCUUCAGAAUAUUCAUUGAUGGAGGCGAGACCGUCUUUUCAUCCAGUCAUGAUUGCAGGCGUUGGCAAAUCCUCAGGCGCAAAUCGGUACCACAAAGAUACCCUGGCUUUCUUGAUGCUUUUCACAUUUUCGUGUUGCUUGCAGCAUGUUUCUAAUUUUGCAAUGCGCUCUGCUGAUGACAUGGUUCCAUAUACCCGGGUUGGAAAGUCGAAUCUAGAAAGCGGUGCGUUCAGGUUGGUGUUUUAGAUGAAUCGAGGCCGUGCAUACCGGCCAUACCUAGCGUGGUAGGGCGAUGCACGCUGGCUUGUAGCCUCGAUUCUUUGAUUAAUAUGGCUUCCUAACGUUAUAUUCCAAGUAUGAGAUUGUUCUCUGCUAUGUCCUGCUGAUUAGCGUAGAUAGUGUAAUUCUAUGAAGACCUCUG